CUUCGUUAAACAUAGGUAUAUGGAGAUGUCUUUGUUACAGGGAUACUCUUCGGAGGAGGAAGAUACCUCGCGGGAAGAAAGAUUUGGCCAAUUGGCUCGGAACACUCUCAUUGGUGCUCCAGAUGUCAAUAUAGAAACUGGCUCAGAGAUGAUACCAGGUCCUACGACCAUGAGUAAAACUACAUUCAGUGGCAGAUUGCUGGGGAAUCUCACUACCAAGGCUGACUUUGAAUUCCAACGACGCUUGGAUUUGAAAAGAAAAGCCCAACUCACCAAAAAUAAGAAGAAAAGAAAGAAGCAGAAGGUUUCGGAGGAUUUUGAUUAUGCUGAUCCAUGGCAAUCACUGGCGUCCGAAAGUGUAUCAAGAUCUGAAAGCGAACAAGAUGUGGAAGAUGUGGAGCAAGAGGAAGACGAUGCUGCGGAAGAAACAGAAGAUCACGAUUACGUUCUUGAUACUCCUAAGGUGACUACUGAAUUUUUAGGGAGUUCGAAGCAGGAUUAUUUGGGAAGAAGCUAUUUACAUAUACCGAGAGAUCUUGAUGUCAACUUAUUGAAAGAACCGGGGUCACAAGAGUGUUUUGUACCGAAAAGAGUGAUUCACACAUUCAAAGGCCAUUCAAAGGGAAUAACCAAACUUGAAUUUUUUCCAAAGUCAGGUCACUUACUAUUAUCUGCAAGUAAUGAUGGUAAAAUAUAUCUAUGGGACAUGUACCAUAAACGAGAAUUACUAAGAGGUUAUUAUGGACACAGCCAUGCUGUUAAGGAUAUCACAUUUAAUAAUGACGGAAGUCGAUUUUUAAGUUGUGGGUUUGAUAAAAAGGUUAUUUUAUGGGAUACAGAAACUGGGAACAUAUUAGAAACAAUCCAGCUUCGAUCAAUCCCAAAUGUAAUAAAAUUCAAUCCUUUAAAGAACAAUGAAUUUAUUGUUGGUUUAACGAAUCAUAAGAUUGAACACUACGACCUAGAAUCAACCUCACAAGCUCCCACCCAAACCUAUGAUCAUCAUCUAGGUGCAAUAAAUUCGUUGACGAUCAUCGACGAAGGGAACAGGUUUAUGUCCACAUCAGACGACAAAACAGUUAGAUUUUGGGAUUGGCAAAUUAAUAUACCAAUCAAGUUUAUCUCGGAUCCUUCCCAGCACUCAAUGCCAUUUGCAGCCAUUUAUCCAAAUCAAAAAUAUAUCGCAUUACAAAGUAUGGAUAAUUCAAUUAGUGUAAUUCAAGGCUAUGGGAAAUAUAAAUUUAACAAGAAAAAGCAUUUCCUAGGUCAUAACGUUGCUGGUUUCGGUAUCGGUAUUGACUUCUCUCCGGACGGUAAGAUUCUCAUGAGUGGUGAUUCAAAAGGUUCUGCCUUUUUUUGGGACUGGAAAACUUGUAAGAUCAUCAAUAAGAUCAAAAUCAGUGAUAAAUGCAUUAAUUGUAUCAAGGCCCAUCCCCAAGAGUCAAGUAAGGUUGUAAUGGGCGGUAUAAGAGGUGAAAUUUACUACUGUGAUUAAUCAAAACCAUGAAAAAAUCAAUAAAAAAAAAAAAAUUCAUAGUGUAUCAAACUCUAUAUAUACUAUUUAAAGUAUUAAAAACAUUGAAGAAUGGUUCAUAGUUUUAAUAAAUAAUGAAAUGAAUGGAUAUUUAAU